CGACGAAAUAACGGCUCUUGCUUACAGUUUGCGGCAAAAUAUUUAACAAGAACAACUGAUAGUGAAUAUUUGCAAUGGAGCCCUCCAGUUUAUUAAGAAAGUGAAAUAUAGUUUUAACGAGGGGGCUUAUGAAUCUUUUUCUCGACUCAAAAUCCUCGCCGGCGAUUAGAAACCCUAGAUUUCGAUUCACCGUCGGUUUAUCCCGCCAUGUCGUUCAGUCUAUUCUCUACCCCACAGCCACAGCAACAGCAGCAGCAGACGCCUCAGUCGCCGUUUCAGACUCAGCAAACGCCGUCGUUUCAGCCGCCGCAGAGCAGUUCCUUCUUCUCGCCGCAGCAAACGCCGUCGUUUCAGCCGCAACAGUUCUUGCAACAACAACAACAGCAAAAUCAGCAGCAGCAGCAGCAAGUGCAGCAGCUGUUUUUGUUCACGAACGAUAAAGCGCCGGCGAAUUACAGUACCAAAUGGGCCGAUCUUCAUCCAGAUUCCCAGAAACUCCUCCUCCAGAUUGAAGAGAAGAUUUUGGAGUACAGAAGUGAAAGUCAGAGAUUAGAUCAAUGCAGUCGACUUUAUGAUUCUUCUGUGUCCAGUGAAGGAUUUGAGUUUGAUGCAAGCCGCAUUGUUCAGGAGCUUGGUGGGAUUAACACUACCAUGGACAGACAGAAAGCUGUUCUGCAUGAGCUAAUGGUGGUUGCUAAAGAUAUGCUGCGUAAUGCAGAGAUUGCGGUUCGUUCUUUCAUGAUGCUACAGCCGAGAUUCCCUCAUUCAAAACCAGUAGGAUCUGUAAAUGGUGGUUCUCAACCAUCUCAGACGCAGGGAGCUAAUCCAGCUCCAGCUUCCUCUGGUCAACAACAACAAACAAUUACUUCUAUUGUUCAAGUUUCUGAUUUUUACCGUGGGAUUCCAAAGAAACCCACAGCUUUUCUACAGCAAACUGUUGCAAGGUUUGAGAAGUAUCUAGGCGAAUGCCGCCAAUGGGUUGAGGAGCUGGAGCAAUUGCUUGCCUUGGAUUCUGACAAGUAUAAUCGACACGCUUCCCUUUUAGAAUCUCUUCCAAAAGUCAUGUCUAAUGUGCAUGACUUCUUUGUUCAUGUGGCUGCUAAGGUAGAGAAUAUUCACCAAUACAUUGAAUCGAUGAGAACAGCGUAUCUUGCUGACCAGCGCCGGAGAGGAGAAUGCAAUGAUCCCUUUCUUGAGGCUGAUCGAAGGGAAACAGCAAAACAGGAAGCUGCUGCGAAAAGGGUCCAUCCAACUCUGCAUCUACCUGCGACUAGUGCGAGUACACAAACCUCUACCCAAGUUGCUGGGUUGAUUGCUAGCUCAGCUGCUCCGGUGGCUUCAAAUGCUCCACAAACAUCUGCAGCGGUUUCAACACCAAACCCUUCUUCAGGAGCUGCUUUUUCGUUUCCUAACACACCUGCACCAUCGUCUUCUCUCUUUGCUACACCACCUUCUGCUGCUCCUGCCUCUUCUUUGUUUGGACCAUCCUCCACUCCCUCAAUUUUUGCUUCUUCACCAGCUCCAUCUUUGUUUGGCCAGCAAACUACAUCAAUUAGUGCCACGCCUUCACAGUUUCCAGGUGUUACGCCGGGUUCGGGAGCCAGCUUCGGUUCAAUGACAAAAUCUUCAAGGCCAAAAUCUCGAACUACACGACGUUAGCCACUGGCUCAACUGGGCCGGCACUUCACAAGUGUCACAUGGGAUAUGACACAGGGCCCAGAAUUAUCAAGGGCCCAUUGUAGUUUGUAAAACAUUUUUUGUUUGUUUGCUUUGAAUAAUAUUGAAAAAGAAAUAUUUAUGCAAGAGGCUCAAAUUGCA